AUGACGUUGCCCUUUGGUCUGAGACUGGAGACGCUAGCGCUGACACUGCAAGCCACGGCAUUCCUGUGGUUCUGGUGGAGACAAUCACAAUCGCAUUCUGGCGAUUUCCAGAAGCUUAAGGAACUGGAACGCGAUGCGGCCAAGAAAGAAAAGGCGCGACUUGACGAAAGACGAGGACGCGUAGCUGCUGAGAAGGAGCUGCGACGUGUGAUGGAGGAGAAACUGGAUACAAGCAAAGGGUGUUUCGUACAGCCUGUAGGAACAGUUCACUCGUGUUUCAAGGUGUGCUUGGGCACGCCGCGUCAAGGUUCACUUGCACCAUCGACACGGGCGAAAAUUACCUUUCAGCGGAGUAUCUCUCCAGAUACAUUGGUUGGAUUAGAGGAUUUUAGCCAUGUGUGGAUCAUUUUCGUCUUCCACCAAAAUACGAAUGGUAAAAAUACUCGAGCGCACGAGGGUCUCCGAUCGGAUAGCCAUCGGCACACGUUCCGUGCCAAGAUCUCCCCUCCGAUGUUGAAGGAACGCGUAGGCAUCUUUUGCACUCGCUCACCCCAUCGGCCCAACCCAAUUGGAAUCACGCUGGCAAAAAUUGAACGCGUUGAUCUGCGCCAACGCACCGUGUAUCUAUCGGGAGUGGACUUACUUGACGAGACCCCGAUACUUGACAUUAAACCGUACAUUGCAGCGUAUGAUAGCCUCCCGGGUGCACUCGCAGCAAGCUGGGUCUCCACUCCGCAACCACCUAUCCAAAUUGUGUGGGAAGCGAGUGAUCUGAUUCCAACAAUCCACCGACUGUCUGCAAAGUCUGUACACUACCGUGACACUCCUGAGAAGUUUGUAGCUGCCAUCGAAGAAGUGUUACAAGUCGACGUCCGCAGCAAGUACCAGACACGUCGGUGGACGUCCCCCGACUACGUGAACUACCAGAUCGUCGAUAACAUUCGCGUGCAGUAUCGCUUUGCCUUGUUAUCGCAGCCAUCUCUAUCAGUGGAUGACGAAAACAACGUCGACACGGCGCAUAUUCAAAUUUCUGCAGUUGAAGAAAGGUCCAAGCCUGUCAUGGCCGCGAGCCUCCCACCUGCAAUUCCCUCGACUCCUGCAACACCCAGGUAA